UUUCAACACAUGAUCAUAAACUCCACUCUUUUACAACACUUACCUGGAAGAGACUGUCGUGUUACUUCUCCUUUGUCAGAACUCCAUUCCCGCUUAAUAAAAGAGAAAGGAAUCAGCAAUCACUGAAGAAUGAAGAUAACAAGAAUUUAACAAAGAUUUAUGGAAUAGGAUAUUUUUUUCUUAUCGGACAGCAGAUUUUUGGGAUUCUCAUGGUUAUUCAUUUUUGAAACGAUCGAACAGAACCUGAGAGUAAAGGUCAGACUGCUGGAGCUCGAACAGAGAAAAUGGCGUCUCUACAUGUUUCUGCUGAAGGGCUUUCUUGUCCUGUGUGCUGUGAUAUCUUCAAGACUCCUGUUCUUCUGUCAUGUAGUCACAGUUUCUGUAAAAGGUGUCUUCAUAAGUCCUGGAGAAAUAAAGAAACCCAGGAGUGUCCUGUCUGUAGGAGAAGAUCCUCAAAACUCGAACCUCCAGUUAAUCUUGCGUUACAAAACCUGUGUGAGUCGUUCCUGAAGGAGAGAAAAGAGAGCUGUUCAUCAGGAUCUGAGGAGAUCUGCAGCUUACACAGUGAGAAACUCAAACUCUUCUGUGUGGAGGACAAACAGCCGGUGUGUGUGGUGUGUGUUACUUCACAACAACACAUCAAUCACACAUUCAGACCCAUCAGUGAAGCUGAUCCAUCACAUAAGAACAAAAAUGAUCUGAUAAAGAAAAGAAUCUUAAUUGAAGAUGGAAAUCCUGCUCGAUAUCGUCUGCGAACAAGGACAGAACAUUUGGUUCAAUCUAAACCAUAUAGAAAAAUUACCUUUGGAGAGAGAGAUAGACACAAACCACAUAAAAUUAUUCUGAUGAUGGGAGAAACAGGAACAGGGAAAACAACCCUGAUCAAUGUGAUGAUCAACUACAUGUUGUGUGUUCAGAGAGAAGACAAGGUUUGGUUUGAGAUCACAGAUGAUCAGAGCGACCGAUCACAAACUCACAGUCAGACCUCUGGAAUCACUGUUUAUGGGUUUUAUCCACACGAGAGUCCAGUCCAUUUAACAAUCAUCGACACUCCAGGAUAUGGAAACACUCGUGGAAUCAAUCAUGAUGAAGAGAUCGCUGUGAGUUUGCACAGUUUAAGUAAAUUUGAUGACUGGGUUUAUGAAAUAGACGCAGUGUGUCUGGUGAUUAUGGCCCAUCAAAAUCGACUCUCUGACAGACAGAUCUACAUAUUUGAUGCUGUUCAGUCUUUAUUUGGAAGAGAUAUUGCUGAAAACAUCAUCUUACUCUUCACACACUCAGAUGGAAUGUCUCCUAAAAAUGCUCUGACGGCUGUUAAAGAGGCUAACAUCAAGUGUGCAGUAAAUGAGCAGAAUCAGCCAGUGUUUUUCCUGUUUAACAACUGUCAGACAGACUCUGCUGAAGAUGAAAAACAUAAAAAGAUACGGGAACAAUCACGGGAUCUUAGUUUUAGUGGAAUGGAGCAACUCUUCAAGUUUCUUAACACAAUAAAACCAAAAUCCUUGAAGAUGACUCAAGAUGUGUUGAAUAAACAGAAGCAGUUGGAGGCAAAUAUCUCUAAUCUACGAUCACGAGUUCAAAUGAUGACACUAAAGCAGAAUGAGCUGAAACAAACUCAAGAAGCUGUGGAGAAGAACAAGAAAGAUGCAAAAAAAAACAAGAACUUUGAGUAUGAAGUUGAAGUGCCCUACAAAGAAUGGGUUGAUAUUGAUCGUUCUGUAGCCAGUGUGGCGAUGUGCUGCACCGUCUGUGAGGAGAACUGUCAUUAUCCAGGAUGCUGGUGGUUCAGUGGUCUCUCGUGGUGUGAAGUGAUGAAGAAUAAUCACUGUACAGUGUGUACUAAUAAAUGCCACUACAGUAACCACAUCAAAGAAGCUAAAAUGUAUGUAACAAAGACAAGGACAGAGAAGAAGACUUUUAAAGAUUUAAAGAAGAAAUGUGAUGGUAAGAUUAGCUAUGGUGUGUCUGAGGUCAAGAUACUGGAAGGAGAACUGCACGAAUUAGAGAAAGAGAAAAGAAAUCUGGUGAUUGAAGCUUAUCACUGUGUGGAAACUCUGGAGAAGAUCGCACUCAACACUGAUUCACUGUUCAUACUUCAGCAUGUUGAUUUUCUGAUUGAGAAGCUGAUGGAGAUAAAUGAGCCUGAAAAAGCAAAAACACUGAAAAACAUGAAGAAGAGAGCAGGAGGAGAAAAACGAGCAAUUGGAUACUUAACAAGGCUUAAACAAAAAUAAUCAGAUCAAGUCUUAGCUACUCAAUCCCUGCUGACACUCUGAAAACAAGAUCAUGAAAAUAUUUCUGCUUCUUUUAAAAACAAGUCCUUUAUAUGAUGUCAUCAUAUUAUCAAUGAUUAUAUGAAUAUAUGAUUAUUAUGAAUCAAACAUUUUUCUGUCAUCAAACUUGUACUGUAUCAAUAUCAUAACUUGUCUAUUUUUCUCAUUUGAAAGUUGCUUUGAAUAAACAGCAUCUGUUAAAAGAACUGAUGUAAUGAGAAAAAAAACCUUUCACGAUAAGGAGUCCCCCUCCUUUGCCUCACAGUGCUUUAAUGUUCAUGUAAUCACGAUCACUACGAGUUUCUUUAGAGACUGUUUUAACUAUUAACUGUAUUAUUAAGCUCUGCCACCUAGAUGUCAUCAUUCUUCAGGUGAAGAAACAUUUCCAUAUUCAAGCUGAUAAAAAUCUGAGACAGCUUUUCUGGACUGUGUUCUUCGUUUUCUAUAACAUUUGUUGGUCUUACAUGUUUAUUGCUUUAUAGUUUUUCUUUGAAAUAAUACUAAAAUCUUAGAGAAUAUGCAGCAGAAAUAAGAAAUGCUUUCACUUGUAUCUCACUUAAAUAAAUAAAGCCAUUUAUUU